AGCACGACACUCUCGCCCUUCACAAGUCACAGGUUCUACCAACGAGUGAAUAAUAUUUCUUUUUCCUUUUUGUUUAUGUGAAAAACUCUCGUAGAGCUUCUUCUUUCUUCUCGUUUUCAUCGAUUGGCUUUGUUGUUGUUGUUGUUGUUGUUUGUGACAACGUCCCUUCAUCAAGAACACUGAUAGCAAUCGACAACGCCAAGGCUUGAAAAGCUCCGCCGUAGAUUAGUUUUCUCCAUUUCUUCGCCCCCACUCACUUCGCGAAGAGGUUUACCUGCCGGCAUUCUUUUUGUUUCAAAGCACACACAGGAACGGUUAUCCCUUUACUCUCCUUCCUCUCCACUUUCCCUUCACCGUCAGCGCUGACACAACUAGGAAGGAGUCCAACAUGAUUGUUGGAGCCCACCUUCCGGAGUCGCACAGCCGGCGGGCGGUGCUGCGGCGGUGCUCGUGCGCGUCCCUGAUGCAUCUGGUGCUUCUGCUCGUCUGCUGCGUACUUCUGCUGCAGCUGCACACAACGGUGGUGGCCGCUCCCGUCUGCACGAAGUGGUGCCUCGACUGCCGCGAAUAUAAGAGGUCGUCCUACUGCAUUCAGUGCAUCAACUCCAGCUACGUGACGGACUACAACACGCAUCAGUGCAACGUACGGCCGGCAGUCGUGCCAUGUACGGUGCCGCAUUGCGAAGUAUGCGUGUUGAACGGACCGAACUAUUGCUACAUGUGCGAGAACGGAUAUCAGCAGAAAGAUAAGGACUUGCAGUGCUACCUUCUUCCCACCACAACGCCGGAGCCGACCCCGCCACCCAAAACGACCACUACAACGACGAGCACCACGACACGGAAGCCGACCACGACCACUACAACGACCACCACCACAACCACCACCACGGCGCUGUGCAAGGUGCUGUGGUGCUCGCGGUGCGACCCCAACGACGGCACCGUGUGUGCGCAGUGCUACGACGGCUUCACGUGGAAGACGUCGCACAAGUGCGAGCCCACGGCGUCCUGCUACGUGGAGGGCUGCCUCGAGUGCGACCCCAUGGACAGCAGCGUAUGUCUGUCGUGUCGCGUCGGGUACACCUUCGAGUCCUCGAGUUUCUGUCGCAAUAACGCCUUGACGAAUGCUGUGUCGGCGCCGCGCCGGUCGUGUGCCAGCGCCGCCGCGCUCCUGGUUCUUGCAGUGGCCUCCCUUCUCGUCUCUCUCUCGUAA